AUGUGUCGCUCUGCAAUGCGGCUUCCCAGCCCAAAGCCACUCAUGACCACUUCGAUCACUUCCUCUCUACUGCCCCAGCGACUUCGAUUACUCACGCGGAUCUCUGUCUCUAUCUGAGAAGUACUUCCGCAAACUAUAGACCCCUCAAGCCUAUCGCGGUCAUCAAUUGACUGACCUGUUGGCGCACCGCUCAAUGCUUCGCGGACCAAUCGAAGGCCCGGGAGAUCGCCGUCUACUUCCAUCUCCCACAGCUCCAACCGCCGGGCAUAAAAGCCAACGACUGGAGUAGGCCAGCCCAACCCCACAGCGUGAUGUCUGCCGCUCGCCGCGUUGCUUUAGUUACUGGCGCGGCUCAAGGUCUUGGGAGAGCUAUCGCUCUGCGCCUGGCAAAGGACGGCCAUCAUGUGGGCUUGAACGACCUUCCCUCCAAGCGUCAAAGCCUUGAAGAUGUCGCGGAUCUCGCCGAGAAGAACGGUGUGCGCGCAGCCGUCUUCGCUGGAGAUAUGUCUAGGGAAAGCGAUGUCCAAAGUACGGUCGACGGAGCUGCUGACGCGCUGGGCGGACUUCACGUGAUGGUCGCGAACGCCGGCAUCCUGGCGCCAGCACCCUUUCUCGAAGAAUCUCUCGAUAGCUUCAAUCGUGUCUUGACGGUCAACACCAGCAGUGUCUUCCUAUGCUAUCAGCACGCAGGUCGCAGGAUGAUCGCCGAGGGUCAUCACGAGGGGCGCAUUAUCGGUGCCUCCUCGUACGUCGGGAAGAGACCCGCUCCAUGGCUAAACUCUUACGGGGCCUCCAAGUUUGCCAUUCGAGGUCUCACGCAGUGCGCCGCUCAAGCCCUGGGAUCCCAUGGGAUUACCGUCAAUGCAUAUGCUCCUGGUCUGACCGAAACCUCAAUGGCAAUCCAAGAGGGCAUGGCGACGGCGGGGAACACGCUCGAAGGCUGGGCGAAAGCCUUCCCCAUGGGACGAUACGGCGUCCCUGAAGACGUCGCCGCGGUCGUUUCCUUCCUCGCUAGCAAGGAUGCCAGCUUCAUUACGGGUCAGACGAUCUCCGUCGACGGAGGAGCUGCUAUGGACUAGUAGAUGGGUGGAACGUUGAUAUUUGAGCCUGCCCCAACAUACUACCCGUGUAUCUGUACUCGUCUUGUAAACUGUAUCUUUUGAGUCGCUCAUGGGUCUGUAUCGUUCACGAAUCCCAUACCUGAC